AUGACUUGUACCGUUAGAAUUGUAACAACUGUUGUUGUAACUUCUUCAAUAGUUGGUUAUUUAUUGUGGAAAUAUUUUUCUAAAAAACAGAAGACACUUUUUGACUCGAAAAAUCCAACAAAUAAACAUGUUUUAUUGAUUGAAAAUAAUCAAAAAAUCGCUCACAAUGUUAUGAGAAUGAGACUUUUAUUACCAGAUAUGAAUACUAUUUCUGGUUUGGAACCUGGUCAACAUAUAUCUAUUCAAGGUCUGCUUGAAAAUUUAAAACCAAGUUUAAGAGUAAGAUUUUAUACUCCAGUUACAUAUUUAAAAAACCCAGGAUAUAUUGAUAUUGUUUAUAAAGUAUAUCCAAAAGAUCCUGAUAAUAUAAAAUUAGGAGCAUUUUCUCGUUAUCUUGCAUCUAAAACUACAGGAGACCAGUUAAUUGUUUCUGGUCCAUUUGGCUUUAUAACAUAUCUAUCAAAUGGAUUUUUUAACAUAAAAACUCAGAAAAAAAUAGUUAAUUUUUCAGAAUUAGCCAUGAUUGCUGGUGGUUCAGGUAUUACUCCAAUGUAUCAACUUAUAAAAUGUAUUUUAAAUGACAAAAAUGAUAAAACAAAAAUAACAUUACUUUAUUCAAAUAAAAAAUUAGAAGAUAUUAUACAUAGAGAAAAGUUAGAAGAAUUUGAAAAACAACAUUCAGAUAAAUUUCAUCUUGUUAAUACAUUAACUAGAAUAUCUGACACAGAAAAGUGGAACGGUGAAAAAGGAAGAAUUGAUGAAUCAAUGAUUAAAAAAUAUGUACCUUCCUCAGAAAAAAAUGUAUUUGUUUUAAUAUGUGGUCCAAAAGAAAUGUGUUUUUCAGUAAAAGAAAUAUCAAGUAAACUUGGAUAUAAAAAUAUCUAUUGUUUUUAG